GGUGGAGAUGAGAGGGCGUGCACACGCAUACUCACAAACAUUACUCACAAUAUUCACACAAACAUUUCUUAUACAGAGAGUUAGCUCACAGACUCGAGCUGGGAGAGAAGAUGGCCUCCGGGAUCUGUAACAGUGUUCUGGUGACCGGCUCUAACCGUGGCAUUGGACUGGAGCUGGUGCGUCAGUUGGCCGAGUCACCCUCACCCCCAACACUGAUCUUCGCCGGGUGCAGAGACCCAGCAGGGCCCAAAGCACAGGAGCUCAGAGGGCUAGCUCAGAAGCACAAGGAUGUGAUUGCCAUCAUUCAGCUUGACACCUCUAGCCCAGCGAGCAUCUCCCAGGCCGCUAAGACAGUGGGAAGCAAGCUGAAGGAUGGCAGUUUGAAUCUGAUCAUCAACAAUGCUGGAGUGAAUGUCCAUCUAGAGCUGUCAAACACUGGAGAGAAGGAGAUGGUGGAUACAUACCGGACCAACGUGGUGGGACCUAUGCUUGUUGCAAAGGACUUCCUCCCAUACCUGCGCAAGGCAGUGUCACAGGCCGCUGAUCAGAGGGGCAUGUCCUGCAGGAAAGCAGCUGUCAUCAAUGUUUCCACACUGCUGUCCUCCAUCCAGAAGUGCCCCGAGACGUUUGCCAUGGCCCCAAUGUAUGCUUACCGAAUCAGCAAGGUGACCUUGAACAUGCUGACUAAAUGUUUGGCUGAGGAUGUAAAAAAAGAUGGAAUUCUUGUCAUGGCAAUUCAUCCUGGCUGGGUCAGAACUGACAUGGGGGGUCAAGAGGCCCCUGUUCUGCCAGUGGACAGCGUGAAGGGCAUGUUGAAAGUGAUCUCCUCCCUUACUGAGAAAGACAAUGGAACUCUACUGGACUGGGAAGGCAACAGCAUCCCAUGGUGAUACUGAAGAAGUAAUACAACAAGGCAUUUCCUAUACUGCACUAUAGAUAUGCUAUUGCCUUGAAACAUGUUUAAACUUUUAAUUUUUUUUUUUUCAAAAUUUUUGAUUACAGCUAGGUGACAUUUUGGAGUUUUCAUUGUGUAAACUUUGGAGUGACUCAGCACUGUCCUUCAUUCUAUAAAUGCUGCAAAUAAAAGGCAUAUAAAGAGUA